GGAUAUGCAGGUCUUUGAGCCUACAGUAGCUUCAGGCACCUUCGCUUCGAAGGUGAAUUCAAAGCAAAGUGAAGCCUGCAGAUCUCCAUGGCUCUUACACCGAAGCUGAGCAGAGUCUUAGCUGCUCACUUGCAGGCGCCAUGCAUGCGCAGUAUUUCUGGCAGUGAGGUGGCUCUGAUCUAAUCCUGUAACAUUGUCUACGAAGAGGACAGCGCGGAGAAUCCUCUUCUCAAUCUAUGGCUGCGUCGGAGAAUCAGAGGCUCCCUAAAUCCACACCGAUGGACAAUGUGCCGCGUCUUUCAUCACUCACUCUGGAAGAGUUGUCAGUCCUUGGAACAGAUGAGGGAAACGAGAUUAAGGUGGACUUUGACAUGCCUGAAAGGUCAAGCUGGCUGCAAGAGAUCCUCAAAGAGCUCAAAUCAAAAGACGAAGGAAGCAGGAUGAUGGCCUUGUGGAGGUUCAAAGAAACGUAUGGGGACCUGCUGUUCAAUGAAUCAAGACUGCGGCAAGGAGGUGAACGUUCCGCUGGCGUCAACGUUUCCAUUCUCAUGCUGACGCGUGGCAUGGCACAGGAGAUAGGAAGAGGGCUAACAGAUGCGGCCCUGACCGGGCGCUGGUACUUCAUCCCGAAGGAUGCCCUUGACGUGCAGGCUGCUGGGAAGACGGUUGAUAUCUACAGCAGAGUCACCAUAUACUGCAGCGUUCUGGAGAUGCUGGUGGUCGACGGCCGAACUUUCAAGCACUUUCUGUCUGAGGUGCCCAACCUCUUCCCGGUUCUGGCGAACAUAUUCAUGCGAGCUUACUCUCUGGCUGAGAUGUACGUGCAGCCGCGAGACUGGUCUGAUCCAGGGAUUCAAAGCAGGAAAGGCAUUGUCAGAGCGAUCAGCACGCUCUUCAUCUGGGCCAAGCCACGCCACAUUCAAGAGGUCGCCAGCUUGCACGACUUUCUUCUCUGUCUCAUGCAGCAGUGCAAGGAGAAUCUUGAGGACAUCGAGUUCGUUCAUUUCGCUUGCCUGGUGAUAAGUACGGUACUGGACAACAGCCGCGACUUGAGUUCGGGCGCUCUUCUUGCUGCUCUUAUGGACCUCAUCUCCAGUCUUCUCUCUCGGGGUACAAUGCCCCGGACUCUUCAGCGCGCUUGUUGCUGCCUCAUAUCCCUAUUCAACAAGGAAACAGAAGGCGACUUCGAAGUGUGCCAGCACCUAGCGGGGCAGCUUCGAAGUUCCUUCCGCCAGUCGUUCCUGGCUCUAGCAGUAUGCAAGGAGAUUGACUCCUCGAUGCAAGAGUUUGCACAGCACAUGACCGCCAUUUUGUGUGACCUGGUUCUAGAUGAUACGAAGGAGUCAGAGAACCAGGUGGCCGUGGCAAUUGCACAGAUGGCCUGCAAAGAUGUAGGCGCACAGGGCAGAUUGCAGGAGCUGAUUGAGAUGUCCAGAAGGCCCGCGGAAGGAAGGGAACUGUUGCUUGGACCGAUGAGACCUCUGCCCUGGGGCAAGGGGAACGAAAGACUGAAUUUGUCAGAAGGCGGAAUCGACUGGACGAUCCGUGACAGGCCCUACAGAAAGUGCGCCCGUCCUGAAUGCGAGAGAGUGGAGUCUUCCAUCAAUGAAUUCCUUGUCUGUGGUGGCUGCAGGCUGGCUUGCUAUUGUGGUCGAGCUGAGCACUUUCUCCUUGGCUUUCUCUCCAACGCCGGGCCAAAAAGAGUCUGCGUGCCCUCUGCAUCGAGGCGCUCUUCGACCAUGGUGUCAGUGUGGCAAGGACUCCAAUUGCAUAAAACUUGAGCCAGUCAUGGGCUGGUGAUAAAGUGUCGUCCAUCAAGAAGUCUGCCAGCAACUUAAAGAAGCUUGGAAAUGUCUUAAGCAGGAACUUGACUGUACGCACGUCCACCGAUACUGCAUAGAGCAGGCUCAAGUAGUCGAAGACUACACUGCCUACUUUCUUUGAGAACGCCCUGCGAUCUUGUAGAAUUUGAAUGAGACCUGAAGACAGCGCUCUGGUGAAGUCAGGAUGCUCAAGAAGCGUUGCGGCC